GCACGAUUUGUGGAUGUGGCAAAACACUUUCUGAAUUAGAUGAGUUUAUUUCAAGAAAACUCUGCUGUUGUUGAAAAGAAAAGAUAUGAUAAAACCUGUAAGCUUAAUCCCACGUGUCAUUGAAAUGCAUUUAAUAAAUGGGAAGAGGAAACCGAUGUCAACAUGUGAAGUCUAUAAAUGUGUCCCGGUAGAACUCGUUUGAUGCCGAGAUUUGGAGAGCAUGUGGGAAGGACUAUACUGGAUUUGAAAAGACUGCGCUUUUGCCAAACCUUCUACGCAGUGUUAAGUAACACUUGUACGUACGCGCUUCAUUUGUCUUCUCUUGAGCAGACCUAAACAAACUAUAAGGAAAGACUUCACUAUAAGAAUUUUGUUAUUAAAUGAAGUAUAAUCGAAUCUCAUUUUGUGUACUCGCUAAACAAGAUCCAAGGCAGACAGCUUAAUCUGUGCAAAUCUGAAUUAUCUAACAUUUUGGCGCGGCAUUGGUCAUGUAAACUCCACUGGAUAGAAUGUCGUCUGCAAAGUCCUGUAACUGUGAUUUAAGCCACCUCGAGACUUCUUGCACUGUUCUUAACACAAGGAUGAAAAAGUCUCGUGACUUACUCUUACAGAACAUUUCUGGGAUUACAGAAAUCUGUACUGACAAGAAUGUGAGCCUAUUUAGAUGGGAUGCAGCGCCUGACGAGGCUGCCUCAUCAAACAUUGAAAUCCUGAAUCUGAGAGUUGACUCUGACGUCUCGUAUCAAACAGUGUCUAUGUUCUGUUGGUCGCGUUCUGACGACGAAGCGUCCUAUAGCAGUUCUAUGUUGGAACAAGAGCCCCAUGCUCAAAACGCUUGUAGCUGUGUGGGAACAUUGCAGAGCCAAUCCCGCAAUCCCGCGAGUCCAUGCAGCGGGACUCUACCUAGCAAAUUUACGCUUUCAACAUUUCUACGCGCGUUUUUUGUUUUCUUGUACAGAGACAUGGUCAGUAGGGUCCUUUUGCCAGCACAUAGGAAGCGUCUGAACUUAAUACACUUUCAUCUGGCCCUGUUGCUGGCAUCUUUUGUUCCUUUUUCAUUGUCACUACGGACAGGGGAAUACCCUACCUACGAUAGUCUCUGUGUGUCAACUGGACCCCUGGUUCCGGUCAUGUGGGAUUGUAAAGGAUACAUACAGUGCAUGCCCCUGGGCUAUGGAACUUACAGAGCUGUUUGGACACAAUGCAGUGGUGGCCGCUUUUAUGACCCAGAUCAGAUGGCCUGUGUUGUUCAAUACACAAAGUGUCCAGCCCCUAAAGAUGCUGCCAUGAACAUUUGUCCAUCCAAACCUCAUCUCAAAUUUCCACAUCCUGGUUCAUGCGCCAUGUUCUACGACUGUAGCCAACCCAGCAACCGGCAAGGACUGGGUCCCUGGGAGAAUGAAUGCCCUGACCCACUUUUGUUUGAUGAGGCCACCUACACUUGCGUCAAGAGGAAAGAUGGAGACACUCAGUUUUGUGGGACUCGGCCUGAACCUAAUGGGAAAUGUGAAUACAGGCUUGGCUGCACAGACAAGAAUUGUACAGGACUUGUUGAUGGCCCACACUAUGAUCCUGUGGCUCCCUUCACUGAGAAAUUUUAUGUCUGCAAAAACAGAACUGUAGUGGAAAAGAAACAUUGUGAAGAAGAGGGUCAUUUCUUUGACCCCAUUAAAAGGGAUUGUACUGAUGCAAUUAAUGACGAAUCUGUUCAGAAUUUCUGCAAAAAAAAUCCAACAGCAGUGUUUCCAGACCCCAGCAAGUGUUCAUUGUUUUAUGAUUGCUCACAAGACAGUUGGCAUCCUUUGUUAAAGCCUUACCAAUCAGAAUGUGCAUACCCAAGGUUAUUUGACCAACAGACAUCAUCCUGUGCCAGUUUUCUGGAUGUUACAUGUGGCAGACGCAGGGAGACAAUACAACCAUGUGACUAUGUUGUCGGUCACUGUGUUGAUGCUGGAUGUAUCCCUUGUGUUGCCUCCUGCCUGGGGCUGAGGGAUGGAUCCAAUGCUUACCCUGGCCGUGUCCUCACCAGCUUCUACUUGGUCUGUCAGCGAGAGAGGACCAUAGACAUUAGGACUUGUGCUGAAGGCUCCAUCUUUGAUCCCCAGAUGAGAACUUGUUUGAUGGAGAUCAGUUCACAAACUUUGGACAUUUACUGUGCCAAUAAUCCAGACGGUCGACUCCUCCAUCCCAGUGAGUGUUCAAUGUUCUACAGCUGUACACAACAAAACAACUCACAGGUCAACCCAAAUCUACCUGCAAGAGCUGUAGAGUGUAAAUAUCCUUACCUGGUGGACGCAGGCACAGUGACAUGUAAGCCUCACACCUUGGUCAAGUGUGGGGGAAGGAGAGAACCUUACUCGCCUUGUGAUUAUGUUAGUAACCGAUGUACAAGCAAAGCCUGUACUAAAUGUGAACUUAUAAUGCCUUCCUGUUACGGCAAAGCUGAUAAUUACUAUCCAGCUAUUAAUCAGGAAAUGACUGCCCAUUACAUUAUUUGUAAAGACCAGAGGGUUAUGGGAGCAGGGAGUUGCCCCAACGGAACUAUUUUUGACAUUCGAACUUUGACCUGUACAGACGUUGUGUAUCCUUUGUCACUUUUAGAGUUCUGCACCAAUUACCACACAGGGCGAGUUCAGAACCCUGCCAACUGUGCCCAGUACUACGACUGUGCCAUGUCGCUGACUGAGGUCACAGAGUGCACAUACCCUGACCUCUAUGAUGUGACAUCUCACCUUUGUUUACCUUAUAAUCAAGUCACUUGUGCAGGUCGACCAGUCUUUCUUGACCCAUGUGACAGUUUCACCUUCUGUCCUGUCCAGCCAUGUCCAUACUGUAACUCUGCCUACCCCUCUUGUGUGGGGAGGAAUGGUGCUGUAGGUGGUUUCCGAUUUGAGCCUUCAAUGUACUAUCAGUGUGUGAAUGACCGUCUGGUAUUAAAGUAUUGUCAGACUACAUUCAACUGGACAGCCAAAACUUGUAAUGAGCUGAUUAACCCAGGUCAAACAGAUCAGAGUUCAUCCACAUCUACUACAACAGUCAGGCCUAGCAACACAACCUUGGCCUCCAAUGAUCUGAAAGCCAACAUAGUGAACACCUGCAAAGCCUGGGCUGGUCUGAUUAUGUACAAGGAACAUAACUGUGCUCAGUUUUUCAACUGUUCCAACCCAACCAGCCCCCUGGGGGCCUACAUUGAUGAGUGUCCAGUGGGCUACCUGUUUAACAUCUUCACCAACAACUGUCACCCUUACAAUGAGGUCAUGUGUCAAGGGCGUUAUGAACCUGAACAAGUGUGUGAUUAUCAAAGAUAUUGUCAAAACAAGUCCAACGAUGGUUGCAGCGAAUGUAAAAAGAUCUACCCCUCAUGUCAGAAUGUCAGCAGCGGCAUGGCACCAGCACAAGGUGGAUUCUACUACUCUGCUGUCAUUUGUCGGUCUGGCCGUGCAGUCAAUGUGUCCACAUGUCCAGCUGGUCAGUUCUAUGAUGCGGUCAUGAAAAAGUGUUCUCCCAUUAUGAGUGACGAGAGUGCAAAAGUGAUGUGUAAGGAGCUUCCUAAACAGAUCAUCCCACACCCCAUCUACUGCAACAAGUACAUUCUAUGUGGUGAGAAUAUCCCAGGGAAUCCCAAUCAUGCCAACUAUACUAUUAAGGAAUGUCCUUACCCUUUAUUGUUUAGCAAUGGUCUGUGCAGGAACUUCAAGACAGUCAGUUGUGGUCAGAGAAAGACGGCUAUUUCACCAUGUGAUUAUGAGGAGCUGAGAAAGUGCCCAGAAAGUAGCUCCACCUGUAAAGUUGGGACAGCUGAUACAUGCCCUGAUAAAACUGACCACAUCUGUGCUCCGUGUGAGAAGCGAUAUCCUUCUUGCAUAGAUAAACCAGACGGCUUUGUUCCAUACCCUGGACGUUUGUUCACUCGUGAUUUUGUUAGAUGUGACUCAGGCAGGACACUGGCUAUACUGAAAUGUGUCCAGUCAGUAUUUGAUCCAAACACAAGAAGCUGUGGGCUGAAACUAGAUCAAGUUAUUGCUGAACUUAAGACUGACCCCAUAAGCUUCUGCAAACGCUACCCAUCGGCCUUGAUACCAGACAGUACUCACUGUGCCCGUUUCUACAACUGCAGCGGAUCCUCCAGCAGCGGUAUUGAUGUGGCACACCUGCAGGAGUGCCGGCACCCAAAGCUUUUUGAUACCAACAAGAGGAUCUGUGAUAACUUCAUUGAAGUUCUGAACACUGCUGGAUGUGAGGAGAAAUUUCAACCAAAGCAUUACUGUGACUAUGUGUCCAUUUGCCCAAGUCAAAGAUUUAAGACCUGCAACGACUGCAGGAAGGCACUACCUAGUUGUAUCAACCAGGUCAACGGUAUCCAUGGCAACCCGCCCGGCCAGGCAGUCACUGCUGGCUUCAUGUACUGCGUUGAGGGAAGAGUCCUGGCCACCUCCCCCUGUCCACAGGGGACAUCGUUUCACCAGUCUGUCAAGGCGUGUGUCCAACAAUCUAAUGGCUGAUUGGAAGAGUUACCUCUCCUAAACCCAAUCAUUCCUUGUAUUAUAUACAAAACUACUUGAAGUAAGUUCGAGGGAACAAACUCACGAGAGAGUGUGAACACCGAGAUGAACAAGACUGCAAUGGAGAAGCAAAACAAUACAUUAGGAUACUCAAGGUGGACAUUGCUUUAAAUAUGAAAGAAAAUGCCCCAUUAUUCUGCCUCCUUACCAGUAGGUGAUUCAAGCUGUUACAAUGUGUUCAUUGUUUGCAUUGACUGUUGUUUGAUAAAACAUCUGUAUUUGUGCAUUAUGCAAAUAGUAUGCAAAUAAAAGUGUAUAUAACAAAUGAAA